UCUUUUGCUAUAUGAUCAAUUAAUUACCAUAAAUUGUUGCAGAGAUGGUUUUUAAGUUAAUAAAUAAAGUUAACAGACUAAAGCGGCAGAAUGACGCUUUAAAAAGAAAAUUGGAGGGUGGUUAUAGAAAUACUAGAUCGACAGACAAACAACUUUCUUUACAAGAUAUUGCGGUAAUUAAUAAGUAUUUCGCCAUUGACACAAAUACAGCUAAUAAGAACAAAAAAAUAGAUGUUGUUGAAAAUAUGUUAGGAAAAAAAGAUCAAGAGUUCUUCCAGAAUGCGCUACUUGGAUGUGCGAGAAGGUCAAUGGUGACAAGCUGGCUGAUAAUCAAUUACUGGUAAUCUUUUUCAAAAGCAAGGGAGGUAGCGAUUGCCGCAAGUUAAUAUUUAACUGUAUGAUAGCUGCAAUAACAAAUGAAGUGGCGAAUCAGUACAGCUUUACAGGGCGCAAAGCGCCAAGAAAAUCUUUUAAAGACCUCAGGCUAUGCACUUGCCUGUAUCAAGCUGUCAAACUUGCAUUUCCAAAUGCAAAUGACGAUGACAUUAAAGAUGGCAUAAAUGCUUAGCUGGAUACUGCAAACACGCGGCUAAAGAGAGAAGCAAGUGGAAAAGGUCCAAAAAGAACGCCAUUCCAGCCAAUAGUUAUUGACAAAACCCUGAACAGUGGCGAAGAAUCCGAUCCAUAAUUAUUUACUUAUUUUAUUCAGCAUUCGUAAAUACUUAUUUUAAUUAUAA